AUGUUUCAAUUCGGUUACAGUCUCGUGGUCUGCUGUUCCCUUAGCCUGCUGUUGGCCCUGGUAGAGGCCACCAACUAUUGCUCGCCAUCUUUGUGCAGCGGUUCCACCAACAUUGGCUGCAACAACAAUGGAGCCUGGUCAUCUAAUUGCCCAACAAGUCCAACUCCUGUGGCUGUGACUUUUAAUCAAGCGCGCAGAAAGCAGAUUCUAAAAGCUCAUAAUGUCAGAAGGAAUAAAAUAGCCGGCGGCAAAUUGGCAGGCUAUAAGCCUGCCAAAAGAAUGGCCACCAUGCGUUGGAAUGCCGAAUUGGCCAAGUUGGCCCUGCUCAAUGUGAAACAGUGUGAAAUGAAGCACGAUGCCUGCCACAAUACGGAUACAUUUAAGGCCAGUGGCCAGAAUUUGGCUAUAUAUGGUUAUUCUGGAGCCAGAUCGAGCAAGACAACAGCUCAAUUGGUCACAGCUUCAAUUCAAAUGUGGUGGAAUGAGUAUAAGGAUGCCAAUAUGUCGAUUAUCAAAGAAUAUCCUAGCAACUGGUCAGGACCACAAAUUGGUCAUUUUACUGCCAUGGCCCAGGAGAAAAACACUCAUUUAGGUUGCGCCGCUGUUAAGUUCGAGAACUCAAUGAACUGGUUCCUCAUGGCAUGUAAUUAUGCCACCACCAAUUGGGUGGGUCAACCUGUUUAUCGACAAGGAACUGCUGCAUCUGGUUGCAAAACAGGCACAAAUGUUAAUUAUACAAAUUUGUGUAAAAUAGCCGAGAAAUACGAUGUUUAA